CAGCGGCGACCCUCCCGAAGGUCGCCGGUUUUCGUCGAUGUCGAACCCGUAAGUUUGUCUGUUGUCCGUCGUCCUUUCGCUCUUCCUGCCCGGUCGUUCUUGUCUCCUCGUGUGAUCCUCGAGUCUUCGCAAAGAUGGUUUUCUCUCAGACCCUCCGUCGCGCUGCGGCCCAGUCCGCCGGUGCCUACCGCUCUCCCUUCGCUCCCAAGUACAACACCAACCCUCACUUCCACGGUCUGACCGUGGGCGAUGCUACCAAGUAUGGUCAGAUCGCCGCCACUUUCGGCGUCAGCGCCGGUGUCUUCGCCCUCUUCUUCUUCGGCGAGGUCCCUCGUGUGCGCAAGGAUAUCCUGCAGCAGUUCCCUUUCUUCGACAAGUACUUCGACCGGACGGUCGCUCCUGAGGACAACCCCUUCUAAACGUGUUUUUGUUUGAUCCUCCAAAGUACAUUUCUUCAGCCAUUAUUCAUAUACAAGACCUUAUACAACAUUUGCCGGUAUUCUGUUCCUAUUGACUAGAUUCUCGAGGAUUAGGCGAUGGAGAUGUACUGUGUAGAAUAAAGAUUGAGUGUUUGAUAGCACUUAAACCCGUCCUGCCUUAAUUAAGUGCCUUUUGUUACUUUACUCGCCCCCACGUGAGAUAAUCGAGG